AUGCUGCGCGAACAGGGUGGGGAGGAGCUCUACACCCGCGUCGAAGAAGCCCGCCAGACCGCCAUCCGGAGGCGCGACGGUGCCAGCGACGCGGAACAGCAGUUGCUCGACUUCUUGCACGAUCUGGAGCCCUCAGUUGCCGAGCAAUUGGUGCGAGGUUUCGCCGCCUACUUCGGAGUCGUCAACCUGGCCGAGAAGGUCCACCGGAUCCGCCGCCGCCGCCACUACCUGCGCACCGACAAGUUGCAGCCGGGCAGUUUGGACACAGCUUUUGCCGAGCUCGCCGACCACGGCGUCGAGCUUGCGCAAAUCCGCGAUCUGGUCCAGGGACUGAGUUUCGAGCCCGUGUUCACCGCGCACCCAACCCAGGCGACCCGUCGAAGUUUGCUCGAGAAAGAUCAAGUGAUCGCCCGUUGCCUGGUCGAGCAGCUCGACCGCACCCUGACCCCGCCGGAGCUCGCGGCCUCGAUGGCGCAAAUCCGCGACUCGGUGACCGGCGCCUGGCAAACCGAUCAGAACCCUUCUGAGCGGCCGACCGUUGGCGACGAGAUGGAACACGUUCUGUUCUACGUCACUGACGUUCUCUAUCGUGUCGUACCGCCCUUCUACGAAGCGCUCGAACGGGCGAUCGAAAAAGCCUGGGGCGAGCCGAUCGAGAUCCCUAGCGGCGUUUUGCGGUUCGCCUCGUGGGUUGGCGGCGACAUGGACGGUAAUCCCAACGUCACCGCCGAAACCAUCGGUGCUACCCUCGCCCGUCACCGCCAGCUGGUGCUGAGGCUCUACCACCGCGAAGCCCUCGAUUUGGCCCGCAGUCUGAGUCAAUCGACCCGCGAGAUCGGCGUCGAUACCGUGGUCAGCGAGCGCGUCGAGCUCUACCGUGGCCUAUUGCCGGCGGUAGCGAUCAAGCCCCGCCACCGCACCAUGCCCUAUCGAAUGCUGUUGCGUUACGUCGCGGCGCGUCUCCAGGACACGGGUGCGGAUCGCACCGAAUCGUACGACGGGCCGGAAGAGCUCGCCACCGAUCUGCAGCUGAUCAUCACCAGCUUGGACAACCAUCAAGGGCACAACGCCGGUCAAUUCGCAGUCAAGAGGUUCUUGCGCCGGGUCGAGACCUUUGGCUUUCACCUCGCCACCCUCGACGUGCGUCAAGACGCUCUGUUGCACCGCGCGGUGGUCGGCCGCUUGCUCGGCGAGGCAGAUUGGCUGGAGCAAGACGCUGACGCACGGGCCCAGCGCUUGCGCCGGGAGCUCAGCGAGCCACCUAUGCCGCCCCCCUGCAAGGCUGGCGAGGAGGAUCGACCGACCCUCGCGGUGUUCGGCGCCAUACGCGCCGCCCGUCAGCGCUAUGGCAAGCAUGCCAUCGGUCCUUUUAUCACCAGCAUGACCCAGGGUGCCGACGACUUGCUGAGCGUCCUCUUGCUGGCGCGCUGGGGUGGUUUGGCCAGCGCCGCCGGCGAGGUGCCGCUCGAUAUCGCGCCGCUUUUCGAAACCGUGCCCGACCUGCGAGCAGCACCCCGAAUCAUGGGUCAGAUGGUGGCCGAGCCGGUCUACGGAAGCCAUCUGGAGCGCCGCGGCCGGCGCCAGCUGAUCAUGGUCGGCUACUCCGACAGCAGCAAGGAGGGCGGCAUCGCGGCGUCGCGCUGGGCCUUGCAGCAAGCUCAAAGCGCCCUGGUCGACAGUCUGGCGGCGGCGGAUGUCCAUCUGACCGUCUUUCACGGUCGCGGCGGCACCAUCAGCCGGGGCGGCUCCAAGACCCACCGUGCGGUGCUCGCGGAGCCCCCCGGGGCGGUGGGCGGUCAUCUGCGGGUCACCGAGCAGGGCGAAGUGAUCGACGCCAAAUACGGCUUGCGCGGCAUCGCCUUGCGGAGCCUCGAACAGGCGGUCGGGGCGAUCGCCAAAGUCUCGGUGACUCCCAAACCGGGCUUGCCACGUCGCUUCGAAGCGCCGCCGGAAUGGCGCCAAAUCGUCGACCAAAUCGGCCGAGCAAACCGCCGCGAGUAUCGGGCGCUGGUUUACGACGAGCCUGAUUUCGAGCAGUAUUUUCGGCUCGCCACGCCGAUCGACGUGAUCGAGCGUAUGGCGAUCGGCUCGCGCCCGGCGUCGCGGCGCAAGGGCGGCGGAAUCGGCAACUUGAGGGCCAUUCCGUGGGUCUUUUCCUGGACCCAGAGCCGCCAUCUCCUGCCCGGCUGGUAUGGCCUGGGCACCGCCCUAGAACGGGCUGGCGGACGCUACGGUGCAAGCCAAAUCGCCGAAUUGGUGGCCGAAUGGCCGUUCUUCGGCACCCUUUUCGAGGACUUGGAAAUGGCCGGCGACUAUGGUGCCGAGUUCUUUCCGCGCAUCCAGCGCGAGUACCAGCGCACCGUCGCAUGGGUGCUGAAGUUGCGCCGGCAACAAGAACUGCUCGACCACGACCCCACCUUGCAGCGGUCGAUCCAGCUGCGCAAUCCCUACGUCGAUCCGAUGAGUCUGCUACAAAUCGAUCUGCUGCGCCGAUGGCGGGCCAGCGAGCGCCAAGAUCCGGCACUGCUAUCGGCGCUGCUGUCGACUGUCCACGGCAUCGCCCGGGGACUGAAAAACACCGCUGAGCGACCCGCGGGACCUCGGAAAUGA